AUGUCUCGCGCCGCGACCGCCACCAAAGCUAAGAAGAAGCCGGCGGAUUUUAAGCGUCCCAAGCGCAAGGUGGGCCGCCGCGUCGCACCUGCAGCCAACGUCACAAAAGUUGGCAUUACAUCGCGUCGUAUUAAUCUGCUUGAGCAGUCAAUAUUACAGGACAAAGCAGGUGUUACUCAAUUGACGCACCGGCAUCAGGCACUAUCUGAAUUGCUACAACAGGUGGGUCACUAUAAUGCCCACGUGCGCCAACGUGCACUACAGGGCAUCAAAGAAUUGACUACCCAGAAAAUUGCGAGUAAUUUGCGAGCGAAUGCGUCCGUAAUACUUGAGCAUUUGCUGCCCACGCUACAGGAUGAAGAGGCCAUUGUGCGCGAAGUUGCGGUCCAGACGUGGAAAGCUUUACUUGUGGUACUUCGGAGUGUCAUAGCUCCCUUUGCUACACUUGUAACAACCUACUUUUGCAGUGGCUUGACACAUCUCCAAGUGGGCGUACGACAAGACACUCUUAAGUCUAUCGGAGAGCUUUUGGAUGUCGCACCCGAAUUGUUGCGAGAAGAUGUAGGACAAGAUGUUUUAGCUAGACUACUAGAAAAUUUUCGAGAUUUGAUCUGUGCAGCGCAGACGCAAGGAAUAAAGAUGAAGAACACGUACGAUGUACUACAGACAACGGUCGCUACCUGCAAGAAAGGAGAAUCUAAACGAGAUAGCCGCAAGACCAAGCAGAAUACCAAAAGUUCAAAAGCGCCUUCUGGAGCUUUAGCUUUGCGAUUUGCAGCACUUAAAGUAUUGCAUAAGCUCUUGCUAUCUUUGAGUGAAAGUCCAAGUCAGAAAAAAACAGUGACGGCCCCAUCGGCGCGUGUGCCGAUGACCAAGACCCUGCUGCUAUUCCCAAGUCCGCACUUUGUGACGACAAAUUUAUAUGCUGGUGCAUCCAUAACUUCUAGCUCUGGGGACAAAGCAAAUGCUACGUGGCAGGACAAAGUUCGGUUGCUCUUGCCAGUGCUUUUAGAAUUAUGGCUAGAGUGUAUUGAAGGAGGAACAGACAAUCUUUCAGACAUUCAUCUUGAGCAUAUGCAGUACAUUGUAGAGUGUACGGCUGUUGUGGUAGCUGCGAAUACCAAUCAGCUGCAUGAUGACGCUGAUAAUAUGAAACAAGACGAAUUUACCCAGACCGUAUUAAAGCUACGCGAGGAGCUUUUGGCCCCAGAGACAUUUCCUAUUGUUCCCAGUGCUAGUGCCACUCUUGCGACUUCGGAUAGUGCAUAUGUUUUGUCAAAAUGGCACGGCAUGAAUUUGGCACUAGCAACAUUUGCUUGUGGAUAUCUGCGCCUUUCUGGCUCCACACCUUGCACUGACAAGAAUAAGCUAUCGAGUGAGGAAUUGAAACAACGUGUGUGCACUUAUGUCGUCUCUACACUCGCAAAGUACCAAGAAACAGCCGAGCUUCGUGCUAUAGCCAGUAUGCAAAAUGUGCUUAAGCCUCUAUUAAAAGUCGUGACGCUCAUGUUGGCGUCUGCGCUGCAACAUAGGCAUGAUUACAAGAACUUGGCAAGUGAACGAAGACUAUUGCUGGAUGCUGUGACUCAAUUUUACGUGCGAUGUACACCAAAGUCCGUUAGCUUCCGUAGCUGCACAUUAUUUGUUGUUGAGCAGCUCGAGAUUGCGCUCCAUGGACAGCGCCAUCAAAUUUUCAAGCUGGCUUGGCCCAUGGUCAUGCAAUGGGUGGUUUGUCUUGCCGACUCGCUUAGUCACUUAAAUCCUCAGCAUAUCGAGUUGAGCCAGCGCAGUUUACUUGCCUUGAUCGCUGUGUUUAAACAGCUUCCUGUGGAUAUGAAAAAUGGUGACGAGAUGGAGAAAGUGCUAGCGAAUUUGUCUCAAUUUUUUGACCUUGCAGCGGUGCCGUCUUCUUCUAUGUUAGAGGAUGAAAAGCAAAGAAUGUUGGCAAAGUCCCGCUUUGAUGCCUUGAGUGAACGAGAUCAAGUCACGUUUGUUGCGCUUCUCUAUCAUCUUCCACGAUAUCCAGUGUCUCUGCUGCGUGCACUUGCAAGUUGUUGCAAGAGCCCUCGCAUCUAUGAUGAGGCCAAAAGGUUCUUAAUUGAUAUUUUAUUCCAGCGACGCCACGAGAUUGAUCUCGCUCAUAUGGUGAGCUUUCUCGUCAGUACAGCACUUGCUCCUGUUGUGUCAAUUACGACCCGACAGCGUGAGCAGCUGCAGCUUGUUGAUCACGUGUGUCGCACUUUUGUUGCAAUGAAUCUGGGCAACUCACUCGCGACAAUUCUGGCGCCGACAUUAGCGAAAGCUCAACCACGUGAGGGAAAGAACAUAACGGAUCUGCAUACGUUGAUACUACUCUACCGCACGUGCGUGUCAUCCGCUCUGUCUACUCGCAACAAUGAGAUCCAACGCUCGGAUAUUCCUGUGGAAAUGGAACAAGACCUAAGAAAUUUGUGUCUUGAAAUCUUGAUUUGCUACACUGCUUUGCGAUUGCCAGAGCAGUCAACGACACCAGAAGAGAUUGAGACUCGCGAGCAGGAACAAUUGCUAGUUUCAACUUGUAUCUCCACUCUAGUUUUAAGCGAAUCAAAUAUCUUUGCGUCCUUUGUGGAAGAACUUUUGGUGGCUCAGGAGCAAGCGUCUGUCUUGAUUCGUCGAUUGCGUGUGCUGUUGGCACUUAUGCGGACUCCAAGCUUAGCAGGAGCAUGCAGACGUCACCGUAUUCAAAUGGAGAAGGUGAUACAUGAAGUAACACAGCAACACGCUGGUGAAGAGAAUAUUGUGCAGCUCGUUCGACAGCUGCGUGGAGACUUGGAACUUCUUGCUAUAGGCCAAAGUGUCUCAAAAAAAUCGAGUGCUUCGAAUACCGCAGUUUAA